CUUCCUCCUCCUCUUUGCUGUCCCAUCCUUCGUCAGGGAACACCUGUGCAUUCAUGCUCCAACAUUCAUCUCUGAGGGACUGAUUCUCCGACAUCGUGGGCGAGCAGCCUCGCCCACAGGUUCGCGCAGGAAGUGAUGCCAGGUAGCAGUAGUAAAAGCGGAGGGCGAGGUCCGUCCUCGUCGCCCCUCCCCCAUGCGGUGGUCCCGCCCAGCAGACCCCUGCGACCCUCCCGCUACGUGCCAGUGUCGGCCGCCACCUUCUUCCUCGUGGGCUCCACCACGCUCUUCUUCUGCUUCACGUGCCCGUGGCUCUCGGAGCGCUUCUCUGUAGCCGUCCCCGUCUACAAUGGAGUUAUCUUCCUCUUCGUGCUGGCUAACUUCUGCAUGGCCACGUUCAUGGACCCCGGCAUCUUCCCAAGAGCCGAAGAGGACGAAGACAAGGAGGACGACUUCCGCGCGCCCCUCUACAAAACGGUGGAGAUCCGGGGCAUCCAGGUCCGGAUGAAGUGGUGCUCGACCUGCCGCUUUUACAGGCCCCCCCGGUGCUCCCACUGCUCCGUCUGCGACAACUGCGUGGAGGACUUCGACCACCACUGCCCAUGGGUGAACAACUGCAUCGGCAGGAGAAACUACCGCUACUUCUUCCUCUUCCUCCUGUCUCUGACGGCUCACAUCAUGGCCGUGUUCGGCUUCGGGCUGCUCUUCAUCCUCUACCACCGGCAAAACAUGGACCGCCUCCACGCCAUCGUCACACUGGCUGUGAUGUGCGUUGCCGGGCUAUUCUUCAUUCCCGUUGCGGGCCUCACGGGCUUCCACAUAGUGUUAGUGGCCAGAGGCAGGACAACCAACGAACAGGUGACUGGGAAGUUCAGAGGCGGCGUAAACCCUUUCACCAACGGCUGUUGGAAGAAUGUGUCUCAUGUGCUUUGCAGCUCACAAGCUCCCAGGUACAUGGGGAGGAAAAAGUGUCUGCAGAGUGUGAGCGUGCAGCCCCCGUUUCUGCGCCCUCAGCUGACAGAAGCCCAGCUGGCCGCCAAAAUCCUGGACAACGGCAUCCAGGGAGACCUGCACAGGUCCAAGUCAAGUCUUGAGAUGAUGGAGAGUCAGUCGUGUGAUGCUGAGCCUCCUCCUCCUCCCAAACCAGAGCUGCGUUACCCUGGAAUCACCAGGGGCAACACAGAGGAGUGCAGCCUGCUGAACAAAACGCCCCCAACGCCCACAAUGUACAAGUACAGGCCCACCUACAGCCCGGGGAAGAACCACACGGCGCUCACCCACGCUUACGCCAACCAGUUGAGUCGCGGUGAGAGUGUGGGCAGCGCCAGGGACUCGUCCUCCUCCACCUCCUCCCUCCUCCAGGCCAGCCAGCAGCCCGGCUUCCGCUCGCAGCCCAGCCUGGACCGGAGGGACGCCUCGUCCGACCGGGCGGGGGGCGAGAGGAGGGAGGCGGCGGUGCGGGGGGAGGGGGGAGGCGGCGGCGGCGGCGGCAUCCCCGGCUACUCGCUGGGCGGGCGCUCCUACCCCUCCUUCUCCGACCCGGCCGUCCUGUCGGGCGUGGCCUCGCGCUCGUCCAGCUCCACGCACACGUCCGCCGGCGCCGCCCACGCCUCCGAGGCCACCACCGGCUCGGCCAGCUUCAAAAGCCUGGCCAACCAGACCCCCCCGCCGCACCACCCGCCGCGCAACGGGAGCCUGUCCUACGACAGUCUGCUGGCGGGCGGAGGCGACGGCGCCCCCGCCGAGGCGGCGGCGGGGAGGCCCUGCACGCCGGCCUACGGCUCCCCCUCCCCCUUCCUGACCCAGCAGCGGGAGAACGACCUGCACUCCCAGGCCUCCCAGUCCCCCCACCACCACCACCACCACCGCUCCUCGCACCCCCACCACCACCACUCCUCCUUCCUGCAGCGCUCCUCCUCCUCCACGUCCUCCUCCCCGCCGCCCCCCCCGGACAGAGACCGCCUGCUGGGGGAGCCUCACCCGGGCUCCCGCCUCCCUCCCGCCGGCCAGACCUCCUCGUCCCAGCCCCCCCCUCCUCCGCCGCACCACCACCACCACCAUCACCACCACCACUCGCACCACCACCACCACCACUCCUCCGCCUCCUCCUCCUCAUCCCACCCCCCCCCUCGCCUGGCCGCCCCCCACGCCCCGCCCCACCACGCCUACCCCUAUCGCACCCGCUCCACAGACACCCCCCUGGGCCCCUCCUCCACCUCCACCACCCACCCGCCCCGCUCCCCGCACCCGCCCCCCCUCGGCAAGUCCCUCUCCUACUCCAGUGCUGCCGCGGCCGAAAUGCAGUACCGGCUGGUCCGCAAAGCCUCGGCCUCAGCCGGAGCCAACGCAGCGGGUGCAGGAGGAGGAGGAAUGGGAGGAGGGAUGGGAGGAGGAGGAGGAGCAAUGCAAGCGCCAAACUCGGCUCCCGUCGGGCCGGCGUCCGUUUUAAGGCGGGAAACAAACCGCCGCCACCUGCAGAGCCCAGAGAAAAACACGGGCAGCGGCCGGAGCACUCUAAAAGAGAAGGAUUCCGGUGUAGCUAUGAUACCUGGGAGAACUCCCCAUGCCGACAUGCACGCGUUCCCCAGAACAGAUCAGAUGGGCCGAUGCGGCGUGGAUGAGCCGAUCCAGACCAAAGCCCUGAGUCGGGCCAACGGCGGCCAGCCCUUCUCGUCCUCCUCCUCCUCGGCCCCCUCCUCCCCCUCUCGGCCCGUGACGGCCGCUCCACCCGGGGGGGCGGCGGUCCAGAGUCUGCUCCACAAGCCUCUGAGCGGCGGGGUGAAGAAGGUGACGGGCGUCGGGGGCACCACCUACGAGAUCUCCGUGUGA